UGAUAACCUACACUCUCUAAGUGUACCUUAGCGUUCCCCACUUCUCCUCACCCAAAAUCAGCGCUCUGCAGUCUCCAACUCUCCAUCCUCUCUCAGUUUCUCACCCCAAAACUCCCCCAAUUGGACUCUUCAGAGUUCCCACUGCCUUCCCUUUCUCUCUCUUUCUCCUUCCCCACCAAAAAGCUUCUAGGGUUUCAUUGACGCACCUAGCCAUUCACUCUCCUUCCAGGACUCUCGCUUCUCAAUGCCUGCUAAUUGCUCCGGCUGGUCGCGAUUUGGAAAACCUAGACAGUGCCGGCUUGGUCCAUUCGGCGGCCGAUUCUGUCUAGUCUUUCGAUUAACCACUUCGCUCAAGCUCCAUACUCCUUAACUCCCCAAAAUUUGAUUGGCGCACCCCGGUUCGGAUUCAGGAAUAUGGCACCGAGUCGGAAAAGAGGAGUCAGCAGAGCUACAGCUGCCGCCCGUCGCCAGUGGAAAGUCGGCGAUCUUGUCCUUGCUAAACUGAAAGGUUUCCCUGCCUGGCCUGCCACGAUCAGUGAGCCAGAGAAAUGGGAUCUCAAGUCGGAUUGGAAGAAAGUCCUUGUCUACUUUUUCGGAACUCAGCAAAUAGCUUUCUGCAAUCCUGGUGAUAUUGAACCAUUUACAGAAGAGAAAAAACAAUCUCUUUUGACGAAACGGCAAGGGAAGAGUGCUGACUUUAUUCGUGCUUUGGAGGAGAUAAUUGAUAGUUUUGAUAAGGCAAAGAAACAAGACCAUGUUAAUGAUCUCAGCUCUAGUGAAGCAUUUGCAAUUGGUGGGAAUUCUUUGGAAUCAUCCCAGAAUGAUAUCAAAAGUCGGACCGCAGCUUCAGAGACAACUGUUACUUGCAGGGAUGAUCCUGCUCUUCCAGAUGAUGAUGCUGCAGAUGUGCCACUGUCGGGUUCCUUUGAUGAUAAAGAAGGGUUGCUUAAGCAAUCUGUCAGUAAUGUGGAAAAGCCUAUUAUAGCGACUUACACUUCAAGAAAAAGAUCUGGAGGUUCUCGAUCUAGGAAAUGCGUUAGUCAAAAGAAAGUAGUAUCGCCAGAAAUGCCAAAAAGCUUGCCCCAGCUGCCUUCUGGAAGACUCCAAAAAUCUGCACCAUUGUCGCAGAGUUCCAGUGAAAGUGUAGGGGAUUUACUAAGUGUUUCAGUUAGAGAAGGGUCAGUUCGAAGAACCAAGCGGAUCAGGAAAUCACUAGAGGCAGUGGAAGAUGAAAAUAUGGAUUUCCCUGCUCUUGUCUCAAAUGGUAGUGUCGAGGAUGAUGUGUCGGAAAUUGUUUGUGCUGAUUCUGGUUCCGUCAGCUUACAUGAUGUAAACACUGUUGAUAGUUGUUGUGAAGUAGAACAGUGUGAAGCUGCUGUUGAGCGUUUAGGGGGAGAAGCUCAGUUGGCUAAAUGUCUUGAUUUUCAGAUAAAGGCUGUUGUAAUUAGGAAGAAGAGGAAACUAAAUAGAAAGAGGGCAACAAAUGACGCAGCCGAACCAAUUGCUCGGCCAGAUACUGGGGCGAAUUUUGAGGUUGGUGCAAAUAAUACUGGCCCAAAUUUGCAACUUAUGCCUGGAAAUCAGAAAGAAACUACUGGUAAAGAAGUUGGAGAUGAGCAUCUGCCACUAGUUAAAAGAGCCAGAGUUAGGAUGGGUGAAGUACCAUCUUCCAGAGAGGAACAUGGUACCUAUCAGUCUGAAGGGAAGACCUUGAGUGAUGGUCUUGUCAUCAGUCAGGAGACACAGAAUAGCAUGUCACAGGCUGAAGAAAGAACCUCUGGAGAAAUUGCACUUAAUAUGGGGAACCAGGUUUCCUCAUCUGUGAAUUCUGAUGUUGAAUUCCAGAUCACUAAAGCAGUAAAUGAAACCAUGAAUCAUGUGUCACCAUCCGAGAAUAGUCAAAUCCUUGAAGGUAACGUUCUUCUUUCAAGGGUGAAGGAUAGCCAACCCUUUGGUCAUCUGGCUGAUGGUGAAUCUGCCUUGCCUCCAAGCAAACGUCUUCAUCGGGCCCUUGAGGCCAUGUCUGCAAAUGUCGCUGAAGAGACAUCAACCCCCAAGACUUUUUUCACUUACAGUGCACCAAAGGAUCUUGAAAAUAUGGAGACAAAUGAACACAGCGAAGAUUCUCUUGGCACUAGAGUUCAUGGGUUAUGUUUGAGCUCUGACGAGGCUUUGGAGGAAGGUACUAGAUCUUCAAUAAAGGCAGAUUCUGAUGAAAAAAUUGAGGUUCCGACCAGCAGUGAAGCUUCCAUGAAUGAGGUGGCUGAGAACAUUAACCAUGGCAAUGAACAAGAUCUUGAUAGACUGGGUCUUCAACCAAAUUCCAAUUAUUCUGCUGUUCAAGUGCAAACUCCAGUAAAUUUAAUGCUUGAUGCUGAUAACCAACUUGCUGUUGUCGGCUCGAUUCACACCCCACUGGACCAACAGUUGCUGCUUCUGGAAGAUGGGGGGCCUGAAAGCCUUGAAUCAAAUGAUAUGAAAGUGGAAACUCCUGAGAAGGAUCCAGAGAGUAGUAUUCUCCAUGCUGUUGAAGGUUCUGUAGGAAAUGACCCAAAAGUGUUUCAGGUUACUGUUGAUGCAAGUAUAUGUUAUGAUUCACACAAGUCUAAAACUGAUGAGCAUCAACAACCUUUUGAAUGCCACAAACUUGGUAAAGAUGAUCAAAUGCUGAUGGAAGCUAGUGGCAUAACUUUCUCUGAUGACCACUGCUCUGACAAGGAUGCCAUGGGUUCUCAGCCAGCUACAUUGCGAGCUGAUGAAGAAUCUCCUGCAGGGAUGUCCCCAACAACUGCCUCUAUGUGCCAUGCGUCUACUUCGGAGAGUGCUAAUUUCAAUCAGAAUAGUGGUGGUUCUAGUCCUAAUACCAAUUCAAACCAGAGGCGAGACUCUGGAACUACACUUACAGAUGAGGAGAAGAUUGAUUCCGGAGCACUUCAAAGACCAACAUCUGUUGGAAGAUGUAGCAACUAUGCAGAAGUACAAGCUGCAUUGUCAUCCUUCAAGGGAAUGCUUGGAUUGUUAACAAGGACGAAGGAGAGCAUUUGUCGAGCAACUCACAUUGCAAUGGACUGCGCUAAGUUUGGUGCCUCGGAGAAGGUGAUGGAAAUUCUGGCUCAUACGCUGGAAUGUGAAUCAAGUCUACACAAAAGGGUGGACCUGUUUUUCCUUGUUGAUUCUGUUGCUCAAUGUUCUCGAGGCUUGAAAGGCGAUGUUAGUGGUGCAUACACUUCUGCUAUUAAAGCAAUGUUGCCUCGGCUGCUAUCUUUUGCUGCUCCUCCCGGAAGUUUGGCUCAAGAAAAUAGGAGACAGUGUUUGAAGGUUCUGCGGCUUUGGUUGCAAAGAAGAAUUCUUCCUGAAUCCUUUAUCCGGCAUCACAUUCGGGAGCUAGAUUCACGUGGUGCAUCAACAUCUACUGCUGCAUACUCUCGCCGGUCGGCAAGAACAGAAAGGGCUCUGGAUGAUCCUAUUAGAGAUAUGGAGGGUAUGCUUGUGGAUGAAUAUGGAAGCAAUUCAAGUUUUCAGCUUCCUGGAUUUUGUAUGCCUCGCAUGCUGAAGGAGGAAGAUGAAGGAAGUGAUUCCGAUGGAGGUAGUUUUGAGGCAGUCACUCCCGAACAUAAUCGUGAAGUCACCCUUGAAGAACGAGAGUUCUCUGGGCCUACUGCUCCUGAAAAGCAUACUCAUAUACUGGAGGAUGUGGAUGGAGAACUUGAAAUGGAGGAUGUGGCCCCCACAUGUGAAGUGGAAAUGAGUUCUUCAACCAUAGAUGCUCCACACGGCCAGUUUGAACACCAUUUCCCUUCUCAAUAUGCUGCUCCACCAUUGCCGCAGGAGAUGCCGCCAUCAUGCCCCCCAUUACCAUCAUCACCACCACCGCCACCUCCCCUGCCGCCGGCUAUUGGCCAUCAAUCCUGUGGAAAACGUGAUUCCCAUGUCAGUAAUAGUCUUGAUGCAAGGCAUUACAGGAAUGCAAAAUGCCAUCCAUCUGAAUGUGGUAGAGAUCAGGCAGACAUGCAGUUUGAUGACAAUUGCAAUACUCCUGGGCGUGGGAUGAACAAUGGGCACCAUGUAGAUGGACCUAGCUAUCGCCACAAGUCCCAUCUUCCAAGGCCACCACCUCAUCUUCCGCCGAACCAUUACUCUUACGUGCAUGGAGGUGGCCAACAUAUAAAAUCCAGGAGGGACUCGCCCCCACCACCCCCACACCCAUCGUACUCCUCACAUAGAUACCACUCGUCACAUGCUAGUGAAAAUGGCAACUUUUAUAAUAAUAAUGACAGAAUGAGACCUGUCCCGUAUGAGUUUGAUGAGAACUGGAGAUAUGGUGCACCCCCUUACCCUGGUCCUCGAUAUCCUGAAAAAUCCAGAUCAUCGUAUGAGCCUGCUCCUUAUGCAAGGCCCUCUCGCGAACCCAGGUUAGGCCAUCAUCAAGGAUGGCAAUAUCCUCCUAGGGGCGUGCAUCAUAGGGAAUUCAUGCAUUCUGAUGGUCCAGUUUCAGUGACAAGCAGAGGUACAAACAUGUGGCGGCACAGAUAAGCAAAAUAUUGGCACGGCUUGUGUUGUUAUACAAUCAUGGUUGUGCACUUUUGUCUGAGUGGUAAUAAGGCAAUAGAAUGCUGGCCUACAUAUGGUUUCGGUGCUGUAGUCUGAUCUAGGCACUUCACUGCAAAGUAGGGAUGCUGGUGACUUGUUGUAUAGCAUAUCUGAGACACAAUGGUAUAAGGGUGUGACACUUCAAGGCGGCUGGUGAUGGUGGUCAACUGUGGAUUCCUUCUGUAUAUAUGUAAACCAUUAGCAAUGCUUCUGCAAAAUGCCAGAAAUGUGGCCCAAGCCAAACCAUAGCUCUCUGGGCUCUGGCUUCAAGAGUAAGAGGUGUAAACCUUAUGUAUGCUGCCGCUCUGUGUAUCAUUUUAGAUUUUACUAAAUUUUCUUCGUGUAAUUGUUUUCUUCCCUCGGGAGGCAACCUAGGAAUUUUUGGUUUCGUCCAUUGAAAGGUGAAGACUGAAGAGUCAAAGUGUAUUAAAUAAUCACUGAAAACAAUCGGGAGGGUACUUCUAUUAGUUAGCUACCGAUGGUGGCUUUGGUCCAAGAAAUUCGUUUUUAAUUAUGUAGAACCAGGCAAGAUGGUGUUUUGCACUCUUGGCUAGUUGCUAUUGUAAAUGUAAUGCGGAACCUGAGUCUUGUAUUGUUGAGAGACAUAUUUAUACAGCAAUGAGAUGUAACAAUGCUUAGUUAUUUCUAAGGGUUGUGGGUGAAACCACUUGCUAAGAA